AUGAAUGAAGGCGAAGAAAACACCCACCUUCUCGCCAAACAAAGCUCUAAUAGCGUCCAGAUCAUCCGGUGUCAGCAAUACGGACCGACUCCAUUUCCGCAACAGCUCGGCGUUUGCAGCCGGAUCGUGCAGCGGGAUAGCCGCGGUGACAUGUUUCCACGGACCAUGCUGCGCCGUGAUGCCAGCACCUCCCAGCGACUUCUGCCACGUCACUGCGUGGUAUACCGACCGAAGUUCUUCGGCAGGGCUUUCGGAUUCGGCGAUGGUCUGGUCGUCGCCAACGGGCAGCUCGUGGGCAAUUCCAUACAGCCAGUCUUUCACGCUGUUCCCAUUUGUCAGAAUGAUGAAGGUGUAGUAAUGAUUGCGAAACGAUGGUGA